AUGGGCUUUCCCGUCCACCCCUACCUCAAAAGAACGUUGGUGGCAGUCACGUGGCUCCCCGUAGCGUUCACGGUGUUUGAUCACGUGCUCCUGCCGUGCCAGGUGUCGGGCUUCUCGAUGGCCCCCACCUUCAACCCAGGCACAGAAAGCACGGCCAAGGACGUGGUGCUUAUCCGGAAAUACAACUUGAAAUGGCCCACUUCGCUCGAGCGGGGCGACGUGGUGAUGUUCCGCUCGCCCGAGGACCCCGAAAAACUCGUCACCAAACGCGUGGUGGGGCUCCAGGGCGACGUGAUUAUUCCCCGGGACAGCCUGUACCCCAAAAAACAGGCGCUCGUUCCCCGCAAUCAUCUCUGGGUGGAGGGCGACAAUGCCUUCCAUCUGGUAGACUCCAAUAAGUUCGGGCCGAUCAGCCAGGGCCUUGUUGUGGGGAAGGUCAUGGGCAUCGUCUGGCCCUUGCUGAGAGCCGGCUCGGAUAUAUCUGGCGGUGCCCGGAACGGCUUUCUGCAGGGGCCCGAGACUCCUGAAAGCGUCUGA